AUGCCGUUGGGUGCAGGUUCCCCGCCGCACGGCGUGCGUGGCGCCUCCGCCACCACAAGCAUUUUCUCUCGCGGCGAGAGGGGGGCGAGGUCCAGCCCGCGCUACUACGAUGCCGACCUGGAGUGGGUGCCGACUGCGCCCCUGCGGCAGGCAAUGUACCGGGUGUACCCGUUCCUGUUGAGCGUCUUCCUCUGCAUGCAGGCGUGUGGGCAGUACUUGUUGUGGCUGCUGAGCAUCGAGGAGAGCCAUUUUGACGACGACGCGUCGAGGAGGCGCCGCGACCAACGGGGCCGCCGGCAACUUCGCGGCGGCCAAAAUGGCGACAGUGAGGAGGAGGAGGAGGCGGACGAAAAGUGUCUUGUCCCGGGGGCGGAACGGGGCGGGGCCGCCGCGGGUGGCGGUGCGGGGGCGCGGGGUGCGGUGGAACUUGCCGUCAUGGACGCUCACCGUGGCGGCGGUGGCGGCGGCGGCGAGCAGUUUUGCGGCCCUGUGAAGCCACGGCGUAUUGCGCCCUUGCGUGGAUUUCCCCUCGACGAACUUCGAGAGGAGGAGUGGAAUUGA